AUGAGUCAGUCUUACAACGGCUGUGAGGUGACCGAGAUCAAGUAAGUGGUGGUUGUCCUUAUCGUUAGCCCUAACUGGUUCAUGGUUGACUGCGGAUAGAGCUAACUGGGUCAUGGUUGACUGCGGAUAGCCCUAACUGGGUCAUGGUUGUCUGCGGAUAGCCCUAACUGGGUCAUGGUUGUCUGCGGAUAGCCCUAACUGGGUCAUGGUUGUCUGCGGAUAGCCCUAACUGGGUCAUGGUUGUCUGCGGAUAGCCCUAACUCGGUCAUGGUUGAUUGUAGAUAGCCCUAACUGGGUCAUGGUUGACUGCGGAUAGCCCUAAAUGGGUCAUGGUUGACUGCGGAUAGCCGAAACUAUGUCAUGGUUGACUGCGGGUUGGUGGGGUAAUGUCACGUGCUAGUGCUCUCACAACCAUGCUCAAAUCAGUUGAGCUUCCUUGGCAUUCACUCAAAGCGCUAGAGAGUGGCGUAGAUUCUGUGAUUUUUCUAUGAACAUAAAUCACUGUCAUUUAGUUCCGACCAGCCUCGGGUUCAAACCUUGAUCACAAACCUCAAGGUUAUUUUUUCCAGAGGAACUUUGAAUGUCAUUUUGUGUUAAUAUUUGGGUCUAAGAACUGUAACAACAAUAAAUUAUUUGUGUGGCAUUGGUUGUGUAUUCCAGAAAUGUCGCAGAUGUCCCUGGAUGUCAGUGCGUGUGGUCAAAGUAAGUAUUCCUUUUCUUCCUGGUCAAAUAUAACAUGAAGAUACGUCACAGUGUCGAGCAGCAAAGCGUCUACAUUUUAAUGGCAUCUUCUGUUUUGUAAUCCAAGAAAUUUAUUCAAUAGUUGUAAUUAUCAUAGUUGUUGUAAUAAUCAUAGUUGUAUUUAUCAUAGUUGUAAUUAUCAAAGGUGCAAUCAUUAUGACUGUCAUUAUCAUUGUGGUUUAAAAGCCGAAGUACAGUAAUACUUGAAUGACGUCACAUUGAUUAUUUAUGGACUGGAUAUUUCCCCGACACUUCCUGUCUGACUGACACACACCUCUUAUAUAACAGUUAAUCUGAUUGGUUAGAAAUGUAACUGCUCCUAUCUAUAUUGAUAUAGUUUUCCACUAGUCGAUCUAUUUCAUCUGAUUCCUAGAAAUAAUUCCCAUACAUAAGUUAACGUCAUUAAAAAAAAUAAUCUUAGCUAUUUUUUUUUUUUUUUUUGGACUGAAUUCACCAAUCACCUUUUUUUAAGAUCCCCUGGCCAUUCCGUGAUGACGUCUGACCGGAUGUGACGUAUAUUUUCAGUGAGGGCAGUCUCCUCGUCAACUACCCACUGUACUUCAAUAUAGUUUUCCACUAGUCGAUCUAUUUCAUCUGAUUCCUAGAAAUAAUUCCCAUACAUAAGUUAACGUCAUUAAAAAAAAUAAUCUUAGCUAUUUUUUUUUUUUUUGGACUGAACUCACCAAUCACCUGUUUGUAAGAUCCCCUGGCCAUUGCGUGAUGACGUCUGACCGGAUGUGACGUAUAUUUUCAGUGAGGGCAGUCUCCUCGUCAACUACCAGCUGUACUUCAACGGCACACAUGACAAGGACCGGGUCCGCUGGACGGUCCAGGACGUCAUCUACCACGGGGCCACCAAGCACUAUGUGGGGGCGAUGGCGUAUGUGCUGAUCAAGGACUUCUUGGUGGACAUCAAGGCCAACUGGAAGCAAGACUUUGGUUGGUUCAUUUGAUAGGGAAUGCGCGAAUACGAGUCCUUGGCACUUUAACAGCUGUCUACAUAGAAACAUAACUGUGGUCUACUCUAUUUGAUAGGCAAUACAUGCACUCUACUCAUUGUGUUAUGUUCUAUGCAGAAAGUUUUUAAAUUAUUUUCUUUUUUUUAAAAAAUAGGGAAAUGAAAAAAUACCAUGAAGGCAUAUAGAAAAUAAAUAUUAUAAAGAUACAAAGAAAAAAAUUAUAAAAAUUGAAAGAAAAAAUACUAUAAAGAUAGAUCUAUAAAGAAAAAAAAAGAUAUAGAGAAUAUUAGACAUGACUUUUUUUUCUUCUUGUAUCAAACAGAAAAUUUUCUGUAUAGGGGUUAUUUUUCUAAGAUGAAAAAUCUUUUUAGCAAGUCACUGUGGCAUCAAAUAUCCGAUGUAGGUGAGCCAGGCAUCGGUUGGCGCGCGUGCAUGAUGUAAGAUUAUCUUAUUUCGUUCCACUGUAAGAUCAUAUCAAUCCAAGACGAGGUCUCUUAGCAGGAACCUGGAGGUCUUGAGCAGGGACCUGAAGGUCUUGAGCAGGGACUUGAAGGAUCUUUGCAGGGACCUGAAUGUCUUGAGAAGGGGCUAAAAGUCCUGAGCAGGGGCCUAAAGGGCUUUGUAAUCGAUCAUCAUAAUUUGAGUAUCGUACUCGUUAUUCUUAUUUCUGUCAAGGUCACAUUCUGUAUUGAAACGUUUCAAUGUCAUCAACAGACGGGAUAGAGGCGGACCUGACGAUCCCUGUUUUCAACUUAAACCACACAGCCGGCCUGAAGGACAGGCUGUCUAAAGAUUUCAUAGACCUGGCUGCUCCAUUCUGCAACGAUGUGAGUAGAUAAAGACUUCAUUGUACAUGCAUUAACUUAUGAAUGAUAAAAACAAACACAAGUUUUAACAAUAUUUUCUAAAAUUAUCCUUGAUAUUACACGAGUAAUCAGUCAGAUUUAAAAUCACAAGAUGAGGCUUUGAGAUUAUUUAUUGCGCUCUCUCCAAGGCCAGCAGAAAACAAUCAGUACAAAUUAGCGUUGGGAAAAAAAAGGGGGUGUGGGGUAUCUGUACCCUAGCACUCUGAGAAUUUGGAGCCUCUCUAUUGUUUUUAAGUAUCAUAUGUGAUGGAUAGCGUCAAAGCUGCAUGCAAGAAACCUUGGAGCGAUAUAUGUUCAUUGACAUCUUCUAACAUAUAAGUUUAUUAAAUUUCUAAUUCUUCUUAAUUCGUAGUUUCUUGUUUUGUCUUGUCUGCUGGAGAGGGCGUCUUGCCGGAACGUUCUUUUAGAUAGUCACAAUUUAAAAGAAAAUAAAGUUAAAUUUUUAAAGGUUUCACAGUUUAAAAUCAUAAAUGAUUGGAUGGUAAGAACACAAAAAUGGCUUCAAACAUUUCCUUAUCAGAAGAUGUUGACUUGUAGUCUAACUUACAUAAAAAAAUCAAAUAACUGACAUCGUGACUAACUAAAUAUAAUGGUCAAUUAUCAUCAUGGUUAACUCAUAACAUGGCCAUCUAAUAUCAUUGUCAACUAUUACCACGAACAAAAAAUAGUAUGGGCAACUUUUAUUAUGGCCAUCUGGUAUCGUGGCCAUCUGGUAUCAUGGCCAAAUGAAGUCAUACAAUUGUUGUCUUCAUGACCCAUUUGUUAUCUUGUUUAGCCUACCGCAUGAUCGGUUGAAAUCAAAGACAAAUUUAAAAAUGCCAACAAAUAACAUUCGUAUAUCAUCUAUUUGUAUGACAGGUCGGUCAAAUCUUAACAAGGAGGAGCAUUAGCAGUUUCGCUGACAGGUAUUACUCAUGCGAGGUCAGAGGUUUCAGGUAAUAGAGUCAUUUUUUUUAUUUAGAAAAAAGCUACAUCUAGACUAAAUAAUAUUUAAUCCCACUAACUGUUUUGGGCACACUCGUGACGUAGCUCAUCAAGACACAGGGGUAGGGGGUAGGAAGGGGUGUGUGCGGAGGGGGUGGUACACCAUGGGCGUCACUUUUUUUUCUUUAUAAUGGAAGGGGGGAGGCUAUUUCGGCAAAAAUGCAGAGUUCUUUUUAAGGAAGAGGAUUUAAAAAUGUUGCCCCCCCCUACCCCCAAACCGAGUGUUACCAACCCUAGAUAUGCCACUGGUAAGAGAAACCAUAUUGUGUUCCAGCAGAUUAGCAUUGAUCAAAUUGGAAUUUAGGGGAGGUUGGUUCUGUCGUGGUGUAGUCAAGAACUUUGGACAAAUCAACGUUGCGUACAGACAACAGACGUUGAAAUUCUGCUUCUCUCGAAACAAUGUUCUGUCCAGAGAAGUCUGCGCGUUCAUAAUUGGUGAUUAAAAAAUUAAGACAACCCUAGAAAUGAAUCACCAAACAAUGACGGGCGGCAAUGCGUGAACGUCCCGUCUGCGCUAAGUCAAUGACGGGCGGCAAUGCGUGAACGUCCCGUCUGCUUUGAGUUACUUGACACAACAUGAACUCUAGUAACCCACUUUAUAAAAAUCCCACUUGGUGCUAAAGUCUGGCAAUUUUAUUUUGCGCACAUUUUGAACGCAGCGUUACUGCCAGACAUACAUACCAAGAAAGUUGUUGUUUGGGACAAUAUUAACUGAAAGAAAAUGAACAGCAACAUUUCUGCUGUUCUUGCUGUUUGGGGUUUUGCUGUAAAUUUAAAACAAAACAUUCAAACAUGACUUUUUAGCAUUUUAACAUAAAAGUUAACUUGAAACUUUUUUAAAGUUAACUUCAUUUUGGAAGGUCUAGCCUUAACUUUCAUAACUCUUUCAUUUCUUCUUCUUCUAUAUCUUAAGGGCCCACGAUAAAUUUAUUGAUCAUUUUGGCUCCUAUGCAUGUAGAUGGGAUUUGCAAUGUUUCUGUUAUUGGUGUUGAUGAGGAAAUCAUGCACUAGGGGUUUGAAGGCUUGAGGCAAUAGACACAACAGUAACUUCCCUACACUGAAUUCGUCUUUCCUACUAAACUUAGCCUUAAAUUUCUGAUUGCUAACAUGCCUAGCCUUAAUUUGGAGACCCCGAAUGUACCGAAUCGGUCCUUGCUCCACAACCGUCAUAUUAUCACUUGAUUUAACCUGUACAUUAUAUGUUGCUCUAUGUUGUAAAAUAUGUCUUUUGAAUGAAUAAAUACAAGGCAACUUUACAUCGUGGCAUGUGUUCAUAAAGGUCAAUUUAACACCACAGCUCAAGGCCUGACCGGAUCACGUUCCAGGUCCACCUGACAGGCCAACAGUGGCGCAGCGUACAGAAGACUCUGCCGUAC